AUGCAUUUCCUAGGCCUUCUUUCAACGUUAUCAGUCUUUACCGUAGCCUCGGCAAGUGUCAUUGAUCACAAGCAUCAUAUACGCAGGGAUUCAUCAAAAUCAAACUCGACCCGAAAUGUGGCAUAUUAUAGUAACUGGGACAUUUAUUCAGCGAAAUAUCUAGUCACAGACAUUCCAGCAAGCGAUCUCACGCACCUGAUAUACGCUUUUGCUAACAUCAACUCAACGACCGGCGAGGUUACUUUGAGUGAUGAGUACGCAGAUUUGCAAUAUCAAUAUCCUGGGGACGAUGCUUCACUCCCCGGAACAAACGUCUAUGGAAACAUUAAGCAGCUCUUUCUCUUAAAAAAGAAGCAAAGAAAUUUGAAGACGAUGAUUUCUAUUGGCGGUGGUACAUACUCCAAAAAUAUGGUUCCCGUUUUAGCUUCCGAGUCUUUGCGAGAAACAUUUGCCAAGUCAGCCGUUGAUAUCGUAUCGAAUCUUGGUUUCGACGGUAUAGAUAUCGACUACGAAUCUAUAAGUAGCUCUACCCAAAUGGAGCAAUUCCUCGACCUCCUAAAUAAAACUCGGACAAAGUUGGAUACCUUCACGGCAAACAUAAGUGCAUCUCCAUUCUCUCUUUCAUUCGCUGCACCUAUGGGAUCUUCAAACUACGACCUUCUCGAUUUCCCUAACAUGGAUAAAUAUCUUGACUUUUGGAACUUGAUGGGUUACGCUUAUACCGGAUCUUGGAAUACUGAGUCUGGUCACCAGGCUAGCCUGUUCAAUUCUUCCACAGACCCAUUGUCUACUCCAGUUGACUCAAACACGUCAAUUCAUUAUUACAUAGCUCACGGUGCAACCCCGAGCAAGUUAGUUUUAGGUUGCCCCUUGUAUGGAGCCGCCUUCAACAACACGUCUGGUCCUGGAAAGCCUUUUGAUGGCCUCGGCACCGAGGGUUCAUUUGGGCAAGCAGGAAUUUGGAACUACAACCAGCUUCCUGCUCCAGGGUUCAAUGCUACAACGGUUGAACUUCCAGAGAUUGGUGCUAGCUAUAGCUACGACGCACAGAAGAAAUAUAUGAUCAGUUAUGAUACGCCCAACAUCGCAGCAGUCAAAGCAGAAUAUACCAAAAAGAUGGGAUUGGGCGGUUUGAUGUGGUGGGAAGUCAGUAUGGACAAAACCGGAAUUUCCAGCUUGAUUAGCACGGCAGCCAAGAAAUUUGGUGGUGCGAGUGCCUUGGAUCAAAGCUUGAACAACUUGAACUACCCAACAAGUGUAUAUGACAACCUGAGAGCCGGGUUCGCUUAG